UAAUGUGUAAUUUUUACCUACAUCUUUCUCUUCCACGAGAUUCAUCACAAACAUGAAUGUUGGUCAUGAUUAUGAACAAAGACAAAGUGUACAUAACCCAGAUAUAAUGAGAAGGAAAAAAGCAACAUUUAAAAAUACAUAAAUAAUAUUUCCAGGAAAUUGUAAUACCAUUUUUUGAGUACUUUCUAUAUGCCAGGUAUUUUUCUAAGCAGUUUACCUGUAUCAGCUCAUUUAAUCUAAACCACCACCCCGACAAGGUGUAGGAAUCAUCGUUUUCCUCCUUUGCAUCAGGUUGCACAAGGUAGGGGCACCACCUUGGUCUAGGAAGGUGGAUUUUAAAAAUGACUUAUUUCCUUUUAGUCAGUACUGGAGUUUGAAUAAAAUAUUCCAGUUAAAUUCCCUUCCCUAUGAGAUGCCAGAGCUUUAGUCUUUUCAGGCCCUCUCCAAAUCCAUUUGUUAUAGUAGCCUUUCCACUAAUUUUUGGACUGCUGUUGAACACUUUGUAUCUGGCAGUUUUAACACCUCCCUUCUUUCUGUACCACCCACUCCAGCUCAUUCCAGGUGCCCUUAGCAAAUGACUCCCAGGGCAUGUAAGUGGUCAAAGCUCACUGACCAGUGAGGAGAUACGCAGCAUGUAUGACAGAGGUACACAGUUCCGUGAGCAGGAGAGAAGGUUGCUUCAGCCAAGCUUUUGUUACAGUUAAGCUGUUGCAUCCAGAUUUCAAGACUGGAAAGGAUUUGCCUUGAAGAGCACUCCAAAAAUUGAACUGAGAGGUCCCAAGCAAGCUGUCUGAAUUUCACUGGCUACUCUUGUUCUACAUCCUUUUAAGGGCCAGACAAAUCAAACUGGUGGUUUUUGGUUUCCGCAAGCCGUGGAUGCCUGUGACAUUAUGACCGCAGAGGAUUCCACCGCAGCCAUGAGCAGCGCCUCGGCCGCCGCCGUGUCCUCGGCCAAGGUGCCUGAGGGCGUGGCGGGCGCGCCUAACGAGGCGGCGCUGCUGGCGCUGAUAGAGCGCACGGGCUACAGCAUGGUGCAGGAGAACGGGCAGCGCAAGUACGGCGGGCCGCCGCCCGGCUGGGACGGGCCGCACCCGCAGCGCGGCUGCGAAGUCUUCGUAGGCAAAAUCCCGCGGGAUGUGUACGAGGACGAACUGGUGCCCGUGUUCGAGACCGUGGGCCGCAUCUACGAGCUCCGCCUCAUGAUGGACUUCGACGGCAAGAACCGCGGCUACGCCUUCGUCAUGUACUGCCACAAGCACGAAGCCAAGCGCGCCGUGCGCGAGCUCAACAACUAUGAGAUCCGCCCGGGUCGCCUGCUCGGUGUGUGCUGCAGCGUCGAUAACUGCCGGCUCUUCAUCGGUGGCAUCCCCAAGAUGAAGAAGCGCGAGGAGAUCCUGGAGGAAAUCGCCAAGGUCACCGAGGGCGUGCUCGACGUGAUCGUCUACGCCAGCGCGGCGGACAAGAUGAAGAACCGCGGCUUCGCCUUCGUGGAGUAUGAGAGCCACCGCGCCGCUGCCAUGGCACGCCGCAAGCUCAUGCCCGGACGCAUCCAGCUGUGGGGCCACCAAAUCGCCGUGGACUGGGCCGAGCCCGAGAUUGACGUGGACGAGGACGUGAUGGAGACGGUGAAGAUCCUCUACGUGCGGAACCUGAUGAUCGAGACCACCGAGGACACCAUCAAGAAGAGCUUCGGCCAGUUCAACCCGGGCUGCGUAGAGCGCGUCAAGAAGAUCCGCGACUACGCCUUCGUGCACUUCACCAGCCGCGAGGACGCCGUGCACGCCAUGAACAACCUCAACGGCACCGAGCUGGAGGGUUCGUGCCUCGAGGUGACGCUGGCCAAGCCGGUGGACAAGGAGCAGUACUCCCGCUACCAGAAGGCGGCCAAGGGCGGCGGCGCGGCCGAGGCGGUGGCACAGCCGCCCAGCUACGUGUACUCCUGCGAUCCCUACACGCUGGCCUACUACGGCUACCCCUACAACACGCUCAUCGGACCCAACAGGGAGUACUUCGUCAAAGCAGGCAGCAUAAGAGGCCGAGGGCGAGGUGCUGCUGGCAACAGAGCCCCAGGGCACAGGGGUUCUUACCUCGGGGGAUAUUCUGCUGGCCGUGGUAUAUAUAGCCGAUAUCAUGAAGGGAAAGGAAAGCAGCAAGAAAAAGGAUAUGAGCUUGUACCAAAUUUGGAACUCUCUGCCGUCAAUCCAGUUGCCAUUAAACCUGGCGCAGUGGCCAUCCCUGCCAUUGGGCCCCAGUAUUCCAUGUUUCAGGCAGCUCCAGCUCCUAAAAUUAUUGAAGAUGGCAAAAUCCACACGAUGGAGCACAUGAUCAGCCCCAUUGCUGUGCAGCCAGACCCAGCCAGUGCCGCUGCUGCCGUCAUUCCUGCUGUGUCUACGCCACCACCUUUCCAGGGCCGCCCAAUAACUCCAGUAUACACGGUGGCUCCAAACGUUCAGAGAAUUCCCACUACCGGGCUCUACGGUGCCAGUUACAUUCCAUUCGCUACCCCGGCCACAGCCACGAUUGCCACACUACAGAAGAACGCGGCCGCAGCCGCCGCUGUCUAUGGAGGCUAUGCGGGCUAUAUACCUCAGGCGUUCCCUGCGGCCGCCAUUCAGGUUCCCAUUCACGAUGUCUAUCAGACAUACUGAGGGCGAAGACAAACCAUCAGGAGUACCACUGAAGGAACGCUUUACUAUUUAUGAAGAAAGAACAUGUUGGAUUAGCACACCUAUGAAUCCUGAAAGUGAAGAAUGUUAUCAAAUAUUAUACUGAAAUAUUUUAUAUACAUGAAGUUUUCACUAGUUUUUUUAAGACUUUUAAAUUUCGCAGGCCUGUGUUCAUACAUUUCCAAGAGACUUGUGUGGUUCGUGCCUUAAAUACCAUCUCUCAAAAAUUUCUAUACUGUAGGACAUUAUUUGUAUAGAGGCUUUUUUUUUAAAAAAAGGAUAUAUUUUCAGUAUGAAGGUUAUUUUCUUAACUUCUGCACUCCAGAGAUCUCUAUUUUGUAGUACCUUCAAUACUGUAUCAACUAUAUAUGAAAAAGCACACUUGAGCAGCUAGGGAACUAUUUUGAAAAAUAUAUUCAAUAUUUGAAAAUACAAACAAUAGUGCUUUAAAAAUACUACAGGAAAAGUUAUUUUAAAAGUUUAUACUGGAAAGUGCAAUUUUAAAAUGAGUAAAACCUCUGCAUUUCUGCUGGCUUUAAGGGUUGAUGGUGUUGCCGUGCUAUCUGUAACUUUUUUUUUUUUUUUUUUUUUAAGAAAUUAAACACUCAGUCUCUCCUUAAACAAAGAUUAAGAAGACUUGUCAGACUUCUGAGUCCAAACACUGGAAAGCUCUUACCUGCCACCAUUAUCCUGGGCCCCUGCUCCUUCUUCAUGUGACUUGGCUCUUAAGCCUGUCUGCUCCUUCCCUCCCCAGCCCCCAAGCCAACUUCAGUGUUCGGCAAGUCUAGGGCAAAUGAAUAACCCGGUAGAGAAAAAAAAGGUGGACUUUUAUGCUUCAUCCUGGGUUUUGUUGAGGUUUUUUGGUCUUGUUUUUUAUUGUUGUCUUGUUUUUUGCAUUUUUUAAAAUUUUUGUUUGUUUUGGUUGGGGAAGUAUUAUCUUCUAUGCAUGCUAUUUUCAAUAGCAGAUUAUGUGUAAGCACAAGGUUUUAAUAGUUUGCAUAAGACAUCUUUGCAUAGCUAUUUAAUUGUCCAAUAUGAAAUUUUAAUUUUCUUUUUAAUGCCUUUAUUUUAUUUGUUUUUCAAGUAUGAGUUGCAGGGACAGAGAAUGUAUGUUAUAGACAAGACCCCCAAAGAGUCUUGUCAGCAGAAAGUUAUGCUUCUGGUUGCCUUAUCAUGUUUCAUGCAAAACGCCUGUGGUCCUUAGGGGUGUUGGAAACAUUAUGUUUAUUGGACAGGGCUUUUACUCCCUCCAGGCACUUGGCAGGUGAACUGGAUUGGGCUGUGCACAGGUGGAGGAGGAACCCAUAGGAGUUAAAAAAUGUAGUUUGUAAAUAUCUUUUAAUACUCAUUUUUAAAGUGGUUUUAUAUUGCAGAAGUUCAUGGUAUGUUGUUUAAUGCAAAAAUGAAACCAUUUUACUUCAAUGUUAUUAAAAAGGUUUGUUUUAUUAGGAAGUAAAUGUGUUGUUGCAGUGUUUUGUGGCCUGUUUAAAGGCUUUUGUUUAGCAAAGUGAAUGUAAAAUACAGUAAAAUGUUAAGUUGCCAUCUACUUUAUGAAAUCCAUCAACUUGGAAUUUUUUUUUUUUAAACUAUCAAGGAAGUGAGGUGUGCAAUAGAUAGUAAGUAUGCAGUCAUGUUUUUAUGUCAUGUUUAGAGAUCCAUGAAAUUGCUCCACUUACUGGAGUUUUGCUGAUGGCUGAAUUGUGGAUUAAUAAUAGGAUCAUGCCCUUAGCGAAUGUUUAGUUUUGUUUUAAAAUUUAAGUUAAGAGAUUUCUAGAUGCCUUUCCCCACCCCACCCCUCAUCUUGGGAUGGGAUGAUUUAUAUAUAUAUAUAUAAGCAAUAUUUAUUUAACUUCUAUAAAAUUAUUGAGAGCCGGGUAAGGCCUUUAAACAUUCCUAACAUUCCUUUCCAUGGUUCUUGAAUGACAUAAAGUAAUUGUGCAAUGUUGCUGAUGGUGAACCUAGCAAGCUGCAUUCAAAUUCAAAUAUGUUGGAAUGAGUAAUCCAACAAAAUUCUAUUUGAAUCAGAUCCUCAUCCCUUGACUUUGUGUGAAAGGAGUACUCUCCUUCCAGUGAAGGAUUAUCACAGAGGUUCAUUAGAUGAGACUCUGACCCAGUGUUCUUACUGUAUUUUACAUGUGCCUGUAAAUUAUUUGCAAAAGAGAAAAAGGAAAAAAAAAAAGAAAAAGAAAAAAAUGAAAUGGAAAAAAAAAAGGUAUCUUAACAUGGCAACUCCUAAACUACCUUAAAAAGCAAAUGUUGGUGACAUAGCCAGUUAAGUAUCAGUGAGCCUUCUGUCUUGGUCUGUCCCUGUUUCAAAACCAUUUCAUGUACACUACUGAGGUAAGUUUAUAACUUGAAAUGUGAACUUUUUUUUUUUUUAGGGUUAAGAACAAAUUAUAUAAAUGUUUUUAAAAAAAAGUUUUAGAGUUCCCUGUUUUCAAACAUGCUAGUAGUUUAGUUAUUUUUAGCUGCAUUGUUAUUUGGAAAGCUUUUAAAUUUAUUUAGAUAUUGUUCCAUUUACAUUCUUAGGAUAUAGUAAAUAAAGCAUUUCUUUAAAACCA